GCUGUUCAGGUUGGCCACGCCCUCUCCUAUGUCCACUUCCGGUUUUAUAAUCCUGGCAGUUUGCAGUUAGGAGCUUCUGGAGACGUCGAAACGCGCAGAUCAUCUUAUUUAUCUCGUAAUUUCAGUGAGUGUUCUCGUCUGAUGAAGGAGGAGGGUGCGUUAGAGGUCCUUCAGCCAUUGUCCUCUGGGCCCAGUGCCUUCAUUCCAGCUGAAGUGAUUCUGAAAGAGGCAGCAGGGCAGGAGGCGCUGACAGACUCUCUGUCAUCAGACAGUCAUGCCAAUCACGUCACUUCAGUAAUGGGGAUGCAUCCUGCCUACCUCAACUGCUUCUUGCGCACUCAGAAUGCUUUGCUGCAGCCAGAUGGGCCAUUGCCACUAUCAUGGAGACACUAUAUUAUCAUAUUGGCAGCUGCUCGCCAUCAGUGUUCCUACCUGGUGCAGCUGCAUAGGUCUGCAUUUUUACUAGCCGGUGGUGAUGAGUCGUGGCUCAGAGGUAUUCACUGUGCUCCGCCUAAAGUCCAGCGCCUCCAGACGCUCAACAAACUUCUAGCACAUCGGCCGUGGCUCAUCACACAGGCACACAUACAGGAGCUUGUGUGUCCAGGUGCAGAGCCUCGCUGGUCAUUAGCCGAGCUGAUUCAAGCUGUGGUCCUCAUAUGCCAUGCCCACUCUCUGGCCUCCUUUAUAUGGGGCUGUGGCAUUCACCCAGAGCCAGACUGUACAGCUGAACAGACGUCCCCUAAACCCUCCCCUGCCUCAAACAAGUCCAGUCUCAGCUCCCAAGAUGGCUGCACACAUCAGCAGGAGUGGACUCAGGCACUGAAUGAAGUGCAGCUGUUGAUGGAGAAGAUGAUGAUGGUUCAGCAGCAAGAAGAGGAGUUCACUCAGGAGGAGAUGGUUACUCGCUUUGAGAGAGAGAGGACCGAAAGUUUACUGGAACUAGCUGAAGUCGGCCGCACUGUCCUCCCGGAUUCUGUCUCACGAUUUGUCUGGGAUCCAGAUUUCAUUUAUCAGGACUUCAGUCCAAGAGGAGAGCAGGCACCACCCACCAUGAGAGCUCAGGACUACUCAUGGGAGGAUCAUGGCUUCUCUCUCAUGAACAGGCUGUAUGGAGAGAUGGCUCAGUUGCUGGAAGAGAAAUUCCAGGUAGUGUGCACGCUGACAUAUCACACCAUGGCCAUGCACACAGAUGUAGACACAUCCACCCUCCGGAAAGCUGUCUGGAACUAUAUACACUGCAUCUUUGGCAUCAGGUAUGAUGAUUAUGAUUACGGUGAGGUCAACCAGCUAUUGGAACGUAAUAUGAAGGUGUAUAUCAAGACUGUUGCCUGUCAUCCGGAGAAGACGACAUUUAGAAUGUACAACAAUUUCUGGAGACAGUUCCGCCAGUCAGAAAAGGUUCACGUGAACCUUCUGCUGAUGGAGGCAAGACUGCAGGCCGCUUUGCUUUAUGCACUCAGAGCCAUCACCCGCUACAUGACCUAGCAUACAAGCAUUAUUGUAAACUUUCUUAUCAGCAAUAAUAUAAUGUACAAAAAGUGCAAUACUCUGUUUAAUCUCAAAACAAUUCAUAAGAACACGGUGUGGCUUUAGAAAAUAUUAGGCACUACUACAAGCUCAGAUGUAGUCUCUUUUACUUGCACACAUUACAAACUUUUCUUCAGUUUUAUUCUUUGGUGGUCGUUCUGCUGUUGCUUGAUCACAGAUGGGGUUGGAUGCAGAGCUGUUGUGUACAUCUUUUACCAGUGACCUCUCUUAUCAAACUGUGAAUAUGUGUAACUUUUCUAGUGCAGUAUUCUCUCCAUCCUUGGUUUGCAUGUGUCUUUGAGACACUUAGCAAAUGAUCUCCAUGCUGCCUGUCUCUCUUUAAUGGUACUUGCCUGCUGGACUCCAGCUAGCCUGAUUGUGGGUAACAAAAAAAGCACAUUUUGAAAUUGAUUGUAUGUUUAUGUUCAAUAAAAUAUUUUUUUACUGUU